AUGCAACUCGGCCAGCUCUCUCUCGCGCUCGCCUUCGUCCUCUCCGGAGUCGUCGCCCGCAACGGCCAUGGCCUCGUCGGGUACGGCAUCGGCGACGAGACCUACCUCCCCUACUGCACCUUCGCAUGUCGCGAGUCCAUCUCCGCCGCUGCCCUCAACUGCUCUACCCUCAUGGACAUGGACGGCAUGCAGAUGGCGGAGACCGACCCCUCCUGCUACGCGACCGACAACGGCUUCCUCCAAACCCUCGCCUUCUGCAUCUCCCAGCGGUGCUCCGAUCUCCCCGUCUGGCGCAUCGAGAAGUGGUGGGGUCUUAGCGCCGUCGGCUCCGACGAGGACCAGCCGGCUCCCAAGGAGACUUACAUCCAGGCGCUCGACAAGGUCAACGGCACGCCCACCGCCGUCUACACCGGCGUCGAGACUCUGAACGAGACCUACCUCGUCACGGACGACCUCUACUCCCCGAACUUCAACACCGACUUUACGUUCUGGGACAACGAAGAGAAGCAGGAGGGCUACGGCCUCGCGAUCUUCAUGUCGGGCGUCGCCAUUCCCGUCGGCUUUUCCCUCUUGCGCUUCCUCCCCUUCCCUGCCGUCUGGCGCGUCAAGUUCACCGCCAUCUUCGACUCCCCGCUCUUCGGCAACAAGCACGACACCCCCGUCUUCUUCGGCCUCGUCCAGGUCCCGAAGCUCGGCCAAGCCCUCUUCAUCUUCUACUUCAUCGUCAUUAACAUCAUCUUCAACGCCGUCAACUACCACUACCCCGGGGACGACAACACAUGGUACCCAGGCGACAAGACGCACUGGAUCAGCAUGCAGAUCGCCAACCGGCUCGGGCUCAUCAGCUUCGCGAACAUGCCGCUCCUCUUCCUCUACGCCGGCCGCAACAACGUCCUCCUCUGGAUCACGAACUGGUCCCACUCCACCUUCCUCCUCCUCCACCGCUGGAUCGCCGCCAUCGCGACGGUCGAGGCCAUCCUCCACAGCCUCGUCUACCUCCGCGUCUACGUCCUCCUCGGCGAGCACGCCCAGAAGGCCGCGGAGCCGUUCUGGUACUGGGGCGCGGUCGCGACGAUCGGCAUGUCCCUCCUCCUCCCCACGUCCGUCCUCCCGCUCCGCCAGAAGCUCUACGAGCUCUUCCUCGCCUGGCACGUCCUCGUCACCAUCCUCGUCGUCGCCGGCUGCUACUGGCACAUCGUCUUCGAGUUCGCGCACCAGUUCGGGUACGAGGUCUGGAUGUUCGUCUGCAUGGCCAUCUGGGCCUUCGACCGCGUCGCCCGCGUCGCCCGCAUCGCCGCCUUCGGCCUCCGCACCGCGCAGGUGACCGUCAUCGACGACGACUACGUCCGGCUCACGGUCCCCGACGUCUCCGCGUUCGGCCACGCCUACCUCUACUUCCCGACGCUCACCUGGCGCGUGUGGGAGAACCACCCGUUCUCGGUCGCGUCCGCCACGCUCCUCCCCGCGCACGCGCCCCCGGCCAAGUCCGCGGACGACGUCGAGUCCGAGCCCGGCAGCCUCGGCAAGCACUCCCCCACGCACGCCUCCCCCGCCCCCGGCGCGACUUUCUACGUCCGCACCGCGCGCGGGCUCACGGCGCUCCUCCGCAGCCGCGCGACGCUCCCCGUGCUCGUCGAGGGCGGGUACGCAUCCCAUUCGUCACUCGCCGCGGACCCGCGGCGCGCGCCGACGCUCGUCGCGCUCGCCGGCGGCGUCGGCGUCACCGCGGUGCUCCCGCACGUGCGCGCGCACCCGGGCCGCGCGGUGCUGCACUGGGGCGCGCGCACGGCGGCGCUCGUCGACGACGUCCGGCGCACGGUGUCGCUCGCGGGGGUCGAGACCGAGGUCACGGUGGGGGCGCGGAUGGACGUGCGGGCGAUCCUGACGAGCGAGCUCGUCGACUUUGCCAAGGGCGAGGUGUGCGUGCUCGUGUGCGGCCCGCCGGGGCUCGCGGACGAGGUGCGGACGGUGUUUGCGGAGAUCGUCCAGAGCGGAGUCGCGAUCAAUGCGCGGCUGGUGGUGGAGUCGUUCAGCUGGUAG